AUGCCUUGGCGUGUACCAUUAGGACGUAGAGAUGGACGAGUGUCCUUGCGACAAAACGUCAUAAAUCUUCCGUCUUUUUCUAUUAAUGCCUCCAUCCCCGAUCUGCUCAACAGUUUCCGUGCUCUCGGAUUUAGCAUGGAGGAAUUUGUUGCUCUCGUUGGAGGGCACACGAUUGGAACAGCGUCGUGUGGGUUGACCGCUGAUGGGUCAUGUCCAGGACUUCUGCAGCGCGUGGCUCUAGACACAGGAAGCCAAUUCGCCUUCGACAACUCCAUUUUCAGUAACAUCCUCAACGAUCGCGGAGUCCUCUACGUGGAUCAGAGCCUUUCGCUCUCUGAUAUCACUAGACCUGUGGUGGAGUUGUUCGUAAAUGAUAAAGAUGCGUUCAACACCGAAUUUGAGAGGGCAAUGAUCAAGAUGAGUAACAUCGGGUUGAAAACAUUUCCAAAUGGGGAAAUUCGUAGAAGAUGUUCAGCGAUUAAUCAAAUGAGUAACAUCACGCUGAUUAAUAACGCGGGUGAUUGA